UCUUCACCCAUUUUAACCAUUGAAAUGCCUGGCAGUCAACUUCAAAUGCCUAAUGGAGCAAAUAUCUUGACCAGAAAAUAUACUUGAAUUCAUUCAGGGGCUUAUCCAAGACCCAGUGGUACAGCACACAGAGCGUGGUGGAGGAAUCCUUGCAGGCAGCCCUCCCUCUGAAUAGGCAGGCACCCACUGCGUCAGUAACCUGAUUACCCUAGCUGUCAGUCAUAAUAAGGCCAGGCCUCAGAUCCCCACCACGGGACGGGACAAACUUGGUCCUCCGAUAGGGAGUCAGAGGACAGACUUGGUCCUCUGAUAGGGAGUCAGAGGACAGAUGAGGAAGAGGACGGCAGCUCUUCUCCGAACACAGACAGACAAAGACAAAGUGUGCAGAAUUCAACAGGAAGCUCUGUACAGACUGAGACUGCUGGAUCCUCCAGUGUUUUACAGCCCUCUCUGCACUGACCAUUGGUAUAAGAAGAGAGACUGCUGCCUGAGGCCUGGGUACAGGGAGGCUAGGAUCCUAGCACUGCCACACAAGCAGCUCCACAGUAAUGUCAGCCUCCCUCCUGGACGCUGAUCCCAUCUAUGCCACGGUGGUCCACACUGCCAAGGCUGAGGCCAGGGAGUCAACAGGGGCUGUGGCUGUCCCUCCAGUCAGGCUGAAGCCUCCGGGGGACCUGAAGUUGACCCGGAGCCUCUCCAAGUCGGACUCAGACCUGUUGGUGUCUCCCCUGGGUGAGGAGGAUGGGGGUCUGAACAGCUGCUGUGAGUCUGUGGCUAACUGCAGUUCUGGGAACAAACAGAUGGAGAGAUCGCCCUCCUUCGCCUCCGAGUGGGAUGAGAUUGAGAAGCUCAUGAACCUGAUUGGAGCAGGCAUCGAGUCAUCCAAUGACCAGCAGCGCACCACAGAUGGGGCCUGCAGCAAAGCCCUGGACCAGCCUGUGGGAGAGUGGCUGGAGCAUGUGGGGCUGCCGCAGUACGAGAGCAAGCUGCUGCUUAAUGGCUUUGACGACCUACGCUUCAUGGGCAGUAACGUGAUGGAGGACUUGGACCUUAGAGACAUGGGAAUCACUGACCCUGGACACAGAAAGAAGAUCCUCCACGCAGCACGCAGCUUGCCCAAGGUGAAGGCCCUGGGCUGUGAUGGCAGCACCUCUCUCUCCACCUGGUUGGAUGUGCUAGGUCUGCAGGAGUACCUGCCUAACUUCCUGUCUAGCGGCUACCGUACCUUGGACUGUGUGAAGAACCUAUGGGAGUUGGAGAUUGUCAACGUGUUGAAAAUCGGCGUUCUGGGCCACAGGAAGAGGAUCAUAGCGUCUCUGGCAGAGCGGCCCUAUGAGGAGGCCCCGACCAAAUCACAGAUCUCUCACCGUCUCUCACAGAUCAGGUUUCAGGACUUGUUGUCCCAGACAGGGACCUCUGCUCUGAGUCAGAUGGACCCGUCCACCAGUCGCUCCAUGGACAUGCUCCUGCCCCUGGGAGAGGCAGGCAGGAGGAGGAGAGCCAUGGACCAGGACUGCAGUUUGUCCCUGCGCUCCUACAGCGAGAGACCACGCUCUCAUGACAGACAGAGUGACAGACAUAGGGAACCCAGUUUGACCCUUCGGCCGCCUAGCCAGUCUGCCACAUACGCUACAGUGUCCGCUUGGCAUCACCAGCCUGAGAAACUCAUCUUAGAGUCCUGUGGGUAUGAGGCCAGUUAUUUAGGAUCAAUGAUUAUCAGGGAUCUACGGGGGAUUGAGUCAACUCAAGAAGCCUGUGCCAAAAUUAGGAAGUCGAAGGACCAUUCAAGAAAGGGUCCUGUUGUCAUCCUUUCCAUCACAUAUAAAGGGGUCAAGUUUAUCGACGCAGCCACUAAGACCAUAGUAGCCGAGCAUGAGAUCAGGAACAUCUCCUGUGCGGCCCAGGACCCUGAGGAACUCUGCACCUUCGCCUACAUCACCAAGGACAAUAAAAGUGGCCACCACUUCUGCCAUGUCUUCAGCACUGUGGAAGUGACCCAGACCUAUGAGAUCAUCCUGACGCUGGGUCAGGCCUUUGAGGUGGCCUAUCAGCUGGCUCUCCAGACCAAAGCCAGGCAGUAUGUCCCAGUCCCCCCACCAUCGCUGGGGUCAGAGGUCAUUGAGACCAAAUCCAGCCGGCCCACAUCACAGCAAUGGAGCAGCAUGAGGAGAUCAACAGGUGCCCCUCCGCUAGAAUGCCGCUGCUGUUACUGUCACACGUGUACUACACACCGCCCCUCCUUCCUCCCGUUGCACUCUGUUAGCCCUGGAGUCCAGAUUGACCCUCUGGAGAUGGACACAGACAUGCAGUCCCUGGGCAGCACCACCUGGCUCUUCAACCAGAGAGACUCCAACAAGCGCCCUGUCAGCACCAAGUACGAGACCACCAUAUUCUGAGACUGGAUCGCCUGCCCCAUCCUCACCUCGCACUAGCACCCAGUUUGACCCCUGACCUCUACCGCCCUCUCUCUCUCUCACAAGCCCUGUGCCUUCUCACUGUGAUGGUAGCAUCCCUCAGGGCUGCCCCCUCUCCUUUGCCCUGCCCUACACAAACCUCACCCUGCUCUGACAUCACACAUCCCUGCAGCUCUCUCCUGUUCCUCACCACUUGGCAGACCCUGCUCCUCCUGCAGCCACUGAUGGAGCCCCUUGACUUGUGGAUGGACCUGAACUGAACCUACAAUGGCCCUGCUCUCUCAACCGAUCUGCCUCCUCCUCCUCCCAACUACUUGCAUUUGCAUCCACCCCCUAUUAGGUUUAUCAACAUUGAAGACAUUGUGGAUUUUUGUUCUCUUCCUGUCAUGCCAUUAUUUUCCAAGUGACUCCCUUCGGUCACAACAAGCAUGACUUUUUUUCUGUUCAGCUACCUGUUGCAUUUUUACCUGAUAGUAACAUGAUAAGCAUUGGCUGUACUGCCAAUGUGAACAAGAAAAGAACAAACCUUCACAAGUACCUCUUUUUAUCUAACGCCAAAGGAGUACUAUUCUUGUGAUAUUAUCAACUUACCGUUUUGGUCCCAUAUAGAGUGGAACAAAGAACAUUAUCUUGUCCCAAACAACCUCCUCAGCCAUAAACAAUAGUUUACCCCCUUCCCAAAAGGAUUUACAAUUUUGUCUUUUUAAUACCAUGUUUAUUUUUGUAUUUCACUUGUUUUUCGCUAAAGGCAAGUUCAAUAUUUUUCUUUCCCUAUCUGUAGCUUGUCCUGUCUUGCCAGGCAUCUACCACUGUGAGGCGCUGUGAGGAGACACAUCACCUGAGAUGCAUGAAAGACAAAAAAUCUAUAAGAAAAAAAAGUAUUUUUUCUACGCAUUUUUUUUAUCAUACAUUGAUGGAUCAUCAAGGAAUCUUCCCUUUCCAUUCAAAAUGGAUCAAGAACUGAACCUCAAAUUCCUGUGUGCUCUUCUUGUACACAAAUGGGAGGACAACUUCGUCAUCAAUCUGCCAAGAUCAGUAGCCUUAAUUACUUCAAUCUGGCCAUCUAUCAGUUUAUCUAAAUGUAAUCAAUUGAGCAUCCCUUGCCACCAUCACACACUCUCCACACCUGCUGACUGCUACAUGCGUCUUCCAUGGUUAAAAAGACUAACAGUACUUUUGAGUUGACAACACAUGAACACUUUGGCUGAGCUGCAAUGAAGUUGUUGUAAUGGUACAGGUUUGUCCAGAUAACACUGUCUAAAAUGCUCUGUAGCUUCACAGUGUGCAUGGUGCCUCACCAGUCAUUUUAUUGCCAAGAGAGACAAUCAACAGAGACUGUUUGGCUCAUCAGAGAACACUGUGUUAAAACAUGGCACUAUCCCUUAAAAAAAGAUAUUGUUUUAAAAUGGAUAUGGUUGGUUCCUUUAAUAAGAUAUGCUUUUAAGACCAGGGCUUCCUGGAAUAUCUUUAGUGAAAGAAACCAAGGGAAGCAAGACCACAAUAAUAUCGGCGUAGUAAAUAAUUUAAGUGCAAAUGUAUGAGAAAUUACCAAAACACCAUGGUCAUGAAGGUCACGUUUUGGGGAUGUCCAAGGAAUUUGAGGGCAAUAAUUGAAUUUGCCAAUUCAUAGUGAAGGAUACAAGAUAUUCCCAAUAACAUUGUUUUAAUUUUAGACAAUUUAUGAGGCAAGGCACAUUUGUGUUGCUGGACUCCUUAUGUUGCAUCUUAUCAAGAUUACGUGGGUUGUAAUCCAUGCCAUGGCACAUAGGUUCAGCAUGAGGUACAGUAUGUUUAAACAAAUUACUCACAAAAACAUUAGCGACAGUGCCAAAGAUUCAGGCUUACUCAUGGAACUUUACAUUUGAGGGAUCAAAAUGUAAAUAGAUAUGCUUUCAUUGUGCAAAUAGUUUUUGGUUGAAAAUAUCUGUGAAACUGCAUUCUUGUUUUUCCUUUCACAGGGAUUUAUACCGCAGGUCUAGUUAUCUACACUAUAUAUACAAAAUAUGUGGACACCCCUUAUAAUUAGUGGAUUCGGCUAUUUCAGCCACACCCGUUGCUAACAGGUGUAAAAU